GCGGGGCGGCGGCUGGGCCCGCGGCAGGGGGAGGCGGUACCGGGAGGGCUCCGCAGCCGAGGGCUGGGUGGAGCGCAGCGUUGCACCGGGGUGUGUGUCAGCGCGGAGCGCCCGGGCCCGGAAGAAGCGGCGUGGGGGCGGAGCGGGGCGCAGCCGCGAGGUUGCGUGUCGGUGCCGGCGGAGCGGAGAGUCUGCAGCUUGGGCUCGGCACGGGCAGGCUCCGCUAUGUCCUUCAUAUUUAACUGGAUAUACAGUGGCUUCAGUAGCGUCCUGCAGUUUUUAGGGCUGUACAAGAAGUCGGGCAAGCUGGUGUUCCUUGGGCUGGACAAUGCUGGCAAAACCACCCUGCUGCACAUGCUCAAGGACGACAGGCUGGGACAGCAUGUCCCCACCUUGCACCCCACCUCGGAGGAGCUGACGAUUGCUGGCAUGACUUUCACUACCUUUGAUCUGGGUGGACAUGCUCAAGCCCGCAGAGUGUGGAAGAACUACCUGCCUGCCAUCAACGGCAUCGUCUUCUUGGUGGACUGUGCAGAUCACGAACGGUUGCUUGAGUCCAAAGAAGAACUUGAUUCACUAAUGACAGACGACACCAUCGCUAAUGUGCCUAUCCUGAUUCUGGGUAACAAGAUUGACAGGCCUGAAGCCAUCAGUGAGGAGAGGCUACGAGAGACCUUUGGGCUGUAUGGGCAGACAACAGGGAAGGGCAGUGUCCCCCUGAAGGAGUUGAAUGCCAGGCCGCUGGAGGUGUUCAUGUGCAGCGUGCUCAAGAGGCAAGGCUACGGAGAGGGCUUCCGCUGGCUGGCACAGUACAUUGAUUAGUGCCAAACCCCACCAGGACCUCUGAACGUUCAGUCUGCUCCUGAUCUGAUCCCCCAGUGUACGUAACUUGAAUUCAUUUGACUGUUUAGUCAUAGGUAAACCCAAUAAAUUAACCCCACCCACUUUCAGCUAAUGUUAUCAGCUACGCUAGAUUGCAAGUGUGAGGACUGACAGCAGUUACUGCAAGUCUGUAAGGUUACCACAACCUGUGAGCUUUCUAAGCCCUGGCAGCAUUCUUUUGCAGCUUUUAAUUUAACAAGUCUCUGGUACUGCUUUGGGCUGGAGCAACUUUCCAGUACAGUAUGUUUUGAAUGCACUUUUUAACAGCUUACAAACUACAAACAUGUGGGAGAGAGAAAAAAAAAAAACAAACAAAAAAAAAGGAAACUAUUUAAUGCUUAUGGUAAAAAGGAAAUUUUUUAUGUACUUUUUUGAAACUGGUUUUAUAACUUUAGAGCCUAUAACCACCUUCCCAGGAGUAAUAAAUGGUGAGCUGAUGGAUAGUUGCAUGAUGCCUUACGGUUUCCAGCAGUACACUUUCUUAUGCAACAUCAUGCAAUAAAUUCAAAUCCACUGUCUGGCAGCUUCAGUGGGAAAUGUUUCAUUUGAGUGUGUCUUAACCAGUUGAGGCUGCCUGAUGGUCUGAGCAUGAGAGGUUAUUUCCUGAGAUGCAGAAGGGUCACAAAGGAGCUUCAUGGUAUGCUAGAGCAAGAUGGGUUUUUCAGACCAGCAAAUUGCUUUUGCUUUAGGAUUUUGCAUUAGUAGAAGAAAAAUCUAACCCAGAGCCCUUAGAAUCACCCCCCUUAAAACAGACAAGUGACACAAAUCAGUGCUGUCAAUACAGAUCUGGAGCUGAUGGCCAAAAUGGUCUUGCUCUAGUGAUCUCUUGAACUAGACCUCAGAAGCCACACAAGAAAUGCCACUGUCAUCCCGGGGAAAGGCAGCAGGCUGUUGCACUGAGCACUCUUCCUAACUUAACUGCAUUUGGGCUCUGCCCAAAUUUGCCUCUGAGAUUGCCAGGGGAGGCAACUCAUGUUGCCAUUGCUGCUUGUGAAAACUCAUCAGCCCCCAGCCAGUUUGAUUCCUGAUGUUUUGAACUGGGAGAGGAUGGCUUGGUUUGCAUGGCUUUGCCCUGAAACCUGCCCAGUGUGGCAGCUGCUGGCUGCCCAGGUGGCUUGCUCCUGGAGUAAGACUUGGUUACCUGCAGUCCUCCUUUCCAACCAGGUUCCCUGCAGGAAGGACAGGUUGGUUGUGAACACAGGGCCAAUCAGCAUCUGUCUGUCAGCAGUGCUGGUUGGCACUGCCAUGGAGCUGUGGCUUGGGGAUGUCACUGUCACAUGAAGGUAGUUUCAGCCCUUGAGUUUGGCUGUAAGGGGUUUGAAUUUCACUGUGUCAUUUGUUUUCCCUUUGCACAAGCACACUGUGCUGCAAAUAUCUUUACUAGAUCCCUUUCUCUCGCUGUUGUAGGUCUUCUCCAAAACACUUUAGGGCAGACUUUCCCCAUGCCCGUGGCAGCAGGUGUAUUGCUGCCUGAUUUGACUCAGAAAUAACUUUCAAUCCCAGCAGCUCAAGAGGAGAAUCUCAGAUCUGUGGCCCUUGGCUUGUAGCAAACUAAUGAGACUGAUUGCUUGUCCGGAUCUGAACUUGGAUGGCUGUGUGUUGCUUCUGAGUUCCCCACAGCCCUGGACUGUGCGCCUGAAAUGAUGAGUAACUCAGAACCUGCCUGAUGUCAGCUCCAGCUCAGGUGCAUUAUGGCAGUCAGGCUCAGCCUGGCUUGCACAUGCAGCUCAGGGUGCUGGUGGCUUUGCUAAAUGCCCAGCCUGAGACAGCUCUGCACUUAAAGCACUGCUCAGUGUCUGCAUGCAUCAGAGCUGAAGGCAAGAAAUGGCCUCUCGCCACCACACGGACAGGACCAGAGUCUUGGCCUCCCGCAGCUGCUGGGCUUGGGAUGGGACUCUUUUUCCUGUCUCCUCCUGGUGGUGGUCAUCAUGCAGAGAAUGCUAAAUCAGGAGGUGGUGUAAAUGUUAAAAACACUGCUUUGAGUCAUGUUGUGUUGAAGUGGGACUGUGGUGCCUAUGCUUGUGGAAAUGAAGCUGGAGGUGUUCUGAUGAAGGUCACUUCCACAGGCUGAACCAUUACCUGGGCACUGAGAGGUGCUCUUCACCUGCUCUUCCAACCAACUGUGAAUAAAAAGAGCAGUAAGGAAAGGGAUGAUGGUGUUAGGAGCUCAAAAGGAGAGGUGGUGCUGCUUUAAGUGUGCUGAGCGUGAAUGUUGGUAGGGGGGAGGCACUCAGAUUUCCUGCUGCUCACUGUGGCAUGCCAGCUUCAUGGAGAAAGCUGGAGCUUGUGCUUGUCCACCUGAGUGUAACAGCUGCAGUGGUGGGGGCAGCUGAUCACCUGCCAGGGACACACUCAGACACUCUUGAUCUGGCUCAGUGACCUCAGCAGAGGAAGUGUCUGUCUCCUGUAGCUUUUUCUGUGGUGCAGCUGGGUGUGAAUGGGUGUUGGGUGCCCUUGUUUGGAGACCUCAUUCUAGACUAACACUCUGAGAGUAGCUUUGGUGGGUUUUGUCCCCACCCCUGUACAUCUCCCUACUUGCCUCUCCCUGGAGGUUGCUCAUUGCUCUGAUUGUGACCAGUCUCACUGAACUCAAAAAGCAGCCUUCCUGGGGCUGACUUCCAUGAAUUCUGGGGGGGGUUGCACUCUUUGACUAUGCAGAAUUCCAUUCAGCAUCACUUUAAAGAAUGUGACAAAGAAAACCAUGAAUAAAGCUGUGAUUUAUCAA